AUGAUUGCCACCAUGUUUUGUGACGACAACGGAAACUUCGACUUCACAUCUUACAAAAAUAUGAUUCUGGAGGCGAAGGACAGCAUCGAAGAUCUCUACCUUGAAGCGCUACGAUUCAACAACUUCUUAGAAUUCGAGCAGUUUUAUAAUUCGCAAGUACCGCCUGAAUAUUUAAGAGAUUUUUACGUUUAUAUGGGCGGCAAACAGAGCAAAGACGAGAAAGAUAAGAAGAAGAAAGAAAAAGAGGAGAAAAAACAGUCUCAAAGAGAAACAAAAAAGCAAGAAAAAGAGCGAAAAAGGUUGUCAAAAUUGGCGAAAAAGAACAAAAUGGGGUCAAAAACAGUUGCGGAGGAAGCCUCGCUAUUAACCAGGAACGCGUCGAAAAACGAGCGAAAAUCCGACGACAAGCGCAGCAAAAGCGAUUCAGAGGAGUCGGGUUCUCGGCGUUCGGGAAACUCAAGCUACGAGGGAGCAUCGGCAAUGUCGACAUCUGAUUCUCAAAGUCCAAAAAAGAAAACGAAAAAGGGCAAGAAAGGUUCAAAAUCCGAGGCUUCAAAGAGCGAGGCUUCAAAAAGUGAGGGGAGCUCGGCGGCGGGAAGCGAAGAUGCCGAGUCUGAUGGUUCCUUCCGAGAGCUAUCAAAGAAGAAAGCAAGAAGCAGCAACACAUCCGACAAUGUUAAACGAACAGGUGAUAUGUCGGUGACUAAAGUUGCAAGCGACGCCGAACGAGAGCGGGUUUUCGGCUCCGCUGAGGAUUCGCUUCUCAGCGGGGACAACGAGGAUGAAAACAGGAGUUCGGGUAACAGUAUGAGUCCGAGACGAGGCUCCAUGCCGCAAGGCACGAAAAGUAAAAAAGAUAAAUCCAAUGAUCAGAGUAAAAAUAAAAGUGAAAGGAAAGAUGAUGGCAAAGAUAAAAGCAAGAAAGACUCCCGACUUCUCGAAGCGGUUAUUGAAAGUGACGGUGAAAGGAAAAAUUUAUCGACAACUGUCGAAGGUGAAAUAAGUUUGGAUAAAAAAUCAGGAGAUUCUGCCUCCCGGUCGGCGUCCCGCUUUCGGGGUGAUCGAAGCAAAGACGACCCGACUGAUUCAUCGGCGCCUCGGACCACGGGAAAAGACGUCGCAUUCGAGUAA